GGGGAUCAACAUUCCAUUAACAUUCCUCUCGCGGGACUGUCCUGUUUGAAACAUCGCGAAGUUUCCUGCUAUUUAGUAUUUUGGUGGCAGCAGCAAGCAACCAGCAGCAACAACCCGUGGAGACAAGUCCAAGAAAGGUGGAGACUCCUGGUUAACUUCCUGCACAAUAAUCUUGAAGCACCACCAAGAGAGAACUGGGGACGCUGCUGCUGAGGCUGCUUCUGCUGCUGCUGCUGCUGCUGCUGGGGCUGCUGCUGGGGAAAGGACGAAUGGAUAUACCGCUCACUUUAAUAGUUUUUCGGCAGUGAAUCGACUAAAAACACUUUGUUGUUGAUUAUACACCUACUUGGCUGGAAGCAAGCUAGCAGUGGGGCUGUAAGAGAUUCCAAACAUUUGAUAGCGAGGCGGUGCGAAGACAGGAAUGGAGGUCGUGGUGGAGUAUGAGUACGAGGCGCUCCAUGAAGACGAGCUGACGCUGCGACUGGGCGACAUCAUCAAGAACGUGCGGUACAUAGAAGAGGAUGGUUGGAUGGAGGGAGACCUUAACGGGAAAAGGGGCCUCUUCCCCGACAACUUUGUCAAGGAACUGAAGAAGGAAUCCAAAGAGGUCAAGGAAACAAAGAAUGAGCCCAAAGAGGAGGCCUCUCAUCCUCAGAAGAGAGAGAAGAGUGCAGGAAAUGUGGCCAACCUGGUUCAGAGGAUGAGCUUUAUCGGCAUCCCGACUGGUGGCUUCCAGCCUCAGCCACCAGCAGCUUCAAAGAAGCCUAAGAAGAGACAGUGCAAGGCUCUUUUUGACUAUCAGCCGCAGAAUGAAGAUGAGCUGGAGCUGAAAGCCGGAGACAUCAUAGACAUCACUGAAGAGGUUGAAGAGGGCUGGUGGAGCGGCGACUUGAACGGCAAGUCAGGACUGUUUCCCUCCAACUUUGUCAAAGAGCUGGAUGCCACGGGAGAGGACGCCGACUCCAACGACAUGGCGGCAGAUGAGACGGAUUUAAGUGGAAUGGAAAGCGCUCCCACCCCCACAUCCCCUCAACCUGCCUCAGGGAACGGAGUCAUAGCUCAGCCCAAGAAGAUCCGAGGCGUUGGCUUCGGAGAUAUUUUCAGAGAAGGGUCGGUCAAACUAAAGGCCCGGCUGCCAAGCGCCGAAACCGAGGAAAAGAAGGCGAGACCAAUCCCAUCAUUACCAUCUGCUGCAAAGCCCGCCCAUCCCAACGUGACCGACUCGCAGAGAGCAGACGGAGACAGCAAAUCCAAAGCAAAAGAGUACUGUAAGGUCACAUUUGCUUUUGAGGCUACAAAUGAGGAUGAGCUGACCAUAAAAGAGGGCGAUAUCAUCCACAUCCUGAGCAAGGACACAGGAGAGCCCGGCUGGUGGCGAGGGGAGAUCGGGGGCAGGGAGGGUGUCUUCCCUGACAACUUUAUAGUCAUGGUGACUGAAGCAGAGAAAGAGACUCCCACGUCGAGAGGGUCACUGAGAUCAUCUCCCAAGCAGGAGUCAGAAGAGAAGCCGAAGAAGCCACCUCCACCGUCAAAAAACAUAGCUCCCAAGCCGGAGGUUCCCAGUGCCGACAAGAAGCCUCUUCCCGUCAUGCCAGAGUACAAAGUUGACAGGCCGACCCCAGAUCACAAACCAUCCAAGCCUGCAGCGCCUUUGGUCCCGCCCAAGAAGCCGGUCCCCCCUCCUGGGAAAGGCAGGCCAGGUAGCAUCCCACCAAAGAGGCCAGACAAGCCUCUUGCUCCCUCGCCAAGCCUCAAGCACAAUGGAGAGGUGCCUUCCACACGACCAAAGUUAGACUUUGAGCCAUCAUUGCCCCCCAAACCUAAAACUCUGUCUGGGGACUGGGGGGAGAAGUCUUCGGAUGUGGAUCUGAUGAGUUUUGAUGAGUUGUCGUCUACCUCGGAGAAGCUCUCUCACCCCACUGCUAACAGACCAAAGAUGCCUGGCAGGAGGCUGCCCGCCCAGUUUGGUGGAGCACAAUCACCCAACAAGGAAGUGAACGUGGAGAAAUCCUUCAAGGUUGAUGAAGAGGAUGCUGCCAAACCAAAACUAACAGAAGCCAGAAAGCCUUCCACAAACACGUUAUCCCAGUCACCGUCGCUCCCUAGGCCCGCCACGGCCAGCUCUGAGGCCAAGCCGAGCCCUGCAGCAGCCCCAAGCUCAGACAGCGCGUCGCAGGGCAGCAGGGCCCGGCUGGAGCCCGAAGAGCCGAACUCGGAGCUGGACGAGCUGAAGAGCCAGAUGAAGGAUCUGCUGCUGUCUGUGGAGCUGCUCAAGGCCCAGCAAAUGAAAGAGAUAUCGGAGCUACGAGGAGAGCUGGAUGAGGAAAGACUGAAGCGUGUUGCUCUGCAGAUGGAGAUAGAAAAACUGAAGCGGACCAUCCACUCGACGUGAAGCCCACGCUCUAAUCAACAGCAGGCCUCGUAGUCGGCUGCUGGGCUGUCGACCAACCGGCGGUGACGGACGGAUCGCUGAACGGACGGAGAGAGGGUGGGCGAACCAACUCGAGCACAAUCCUUUUUCAGUGAUCUACGGGGGGGGGGGGAACUCUCCCCAUAUUUGUAAGAUUUACAUUUUGCACAUAUAAAAGAAAAUUCAAGCUAGAUGUAAUUACGUUACAAAUGUAUAUGUUUCUCUUUUUUUCUUUUCGUUUUUUCUUUCGCCAACACACAAAAGAAAACAAAAAAAAAAAAAAAAAAAAAAAAAAAAAACGGAGGCCUUACUUCAAACUACUGCGCUGGACUUUUGCUCUCUGCCACUCCCACUCUCUCCCUGUCACUCCAGAGUUCCUUGAACCCCUCAGGGAGGAGGUCCGCUCUCAGUACUACUGACUUUGUAUAAAGCCGGGGACGCUUGUUUUCCUCUCCUAACUCUUUUUUUCUCAUAUUUUUUUAUGAUGCACAAAUAGUUGAUUUUAAAAAAAAAAAAAAAAGAAAAUGUUUGAUUUCAGUUAACAUCUUUUUUUGAUCCUCAUAGCAAAUGAUUUUUUUUCUUUCCUACACUUCAGAGAGAGCUCUGCUUCUAUCUGUCUUUUAUGUGGUUUCUAGCAUUCCUAUCCAGGGUAUCACUACUGUGCCUGUUUAAAAACAAAAUGAUAUUAAGUGUUUGUAUUGGGAGCUUACAUAUAUACCACGAUGGUGUCUGGAAAUUUUGCAGCAUGAUAUUGUAUAUCUAUAUUUUUUAAGUCUACUGACAUGCCUAUUAUAUAGAGAGGGCCUCUCCUAUGCUGGUCUCUUCUAUUUUUGUCAAAUUGUUUCACUCGCUGUGAAUGUUUUUAGAACUUUAGACAGAGUAACACCGAGAUUCCACCAGGCGCAACUAUUAAAUGAGAAGGCUUGUGAUUCCACCAGCUGCGUCCCAGAAGCGGCUCUCCGCUCCGCGAAAAACACGCGCCAGGUCGUUCCAACAGGCCGGGCAGGUAGUGGAAAGAUAGAGCAUCCAGUACAAUUUCAAAAUAAACACAGUGUGAAGGCUCCCGAUCAUAUAUCACAUCACUGCACUAUUCCAACAACUAAAACACAGAUGAAAGAAUAUCUAGGAAAAAUGACCAAAACAACUAAAUCUGCGAGUCGGGCAGGCAAAACGCUCAGCUUCCGAGACCCUCCCGGUGUGGUAGGUGUUGGCGAUACGACGGAACGGCGCAGCCGGAACGCGGCACAUCCGCGCCUGGUGGAAUCCCGGGGUGUUACAGUCUGCAGGUAAUGCAGAGUCCACAUGCAAAAAAAA